CGCAAGGGGGAGUGAACCUCUUGAGAGUCUGAUUGAUUCUUUUGCUGUCUGGCGACUCUCUGAUCCACAUGCCCACACUGACAGUCCAAAGAUGGCCUUAACUUCAACACAAUGGCGGGCCUUGUUAGAUGCAGCCGGUGAUGCUGAGAAACCACAUCUGCAAGCACUCUUGGAUGGUGCUAUAAAACGGGAACAGGAGUCAGAGAAGGAGAGGAAGGAGGCCUUGCUGAGAAGGCAAGUAGCCCUCCUAGAGACUGUUCCCUCACUGACUGAAGAGCAGUGCGGGGAACAGCUGCAGUCUAUCCUCACAGCCUUUGUUCAAAUCAGGAAUCUUGAGGACCAUACCACUCAGAUCGCUGAAGUCUUUGCAAAACUGCAGACACUUCAGGAUGAUCUGUUUGAGAUGACCCUCAAGUACCAUGAACUGACAAAGGAGGUGGCGGAUCUGCGACAAGCCCAAGUGGCCAACCCUCUUCCCCUACCUCCUGGGACCGAAGUUGCAAUCGAAACUACCUCUGCCCCUCUUACUGUGUCUUCUUCUACCUCAUCUUCGAGUGUGAUGGCAACUCCUUCAGGACCUGCAGCAGAUGCAGAUUCCACUGUUGCUGUAACAAGCAAUGAGGCUGGAAAUUCUGCAAUUGCUGCAACCCCAAGACCGGAACCAGCUGCUGCUGGACCCAGCCAUGCCAGCCCCUCUGUGGACCGGAAGGCGGUUCAAAUACUGUCCAAGUACGAUGGCAAGGAAGACAUCGAGUCCUGGAUCGACUCCAUGAGGGCUUACUUUGAGAUCUUGGGGACACAAGCUGAGACCCAGGCACUCCUGGUUUGGAAUUAUUCCGUCGUCUCUAUACGCGACCUGCGACCGGACUUUGGUGAUCCCUUUGCUGAUUCCCCACCCGCACCUGUCCCAUCAGACAUUCAAGCCCUCCUCGAUCGGUUUCCGGAAGUCUUGGCGGAGCCACGUGGAGUCCCCACGCGACCAGUCCGACACACCAUCGAAUUGGUCGAGGGUGCAGUUCCUCCAAAGGGUUGCGUGUACCGUAUGGGACCCGACGAGUUGGAGGAACUCCGGCGGCAGAUCGAUGAGAUGAUUGACAAAGGGUGGAUCAAACCAAGUGAAUCUGAAUUUGGUGCUCCUGUGUUGUUUGUGCCAAAGAAAGAAGGCAAACUCCGCAUGUGUAUUGACUAUCGCGGUCUAAACUGCAUUACAAGAAAGAAUGCUUACCCAUUGCCUCGUAUAGAUGACUUGCUUGAUGCUGCAGGCGGGUGUAAGGUCUUCUCCAAGAUCGAUCUCAAAUCUGGCUACCACCAGAUUGAAGUCGAUCCUGCGGACCAGCACAAGACUGCGUUCAAGACGCGCGAUGGGCUUUAUGAGUUUACCGUAAUGCCCUUCGGUCUUACGAACGCACCAGCCACGUUCCAAAGCCUCAUGGACAAGGUCCUCCGCGAACAGAUUGGCCGGUUCGUGGUAGUGUAUCUGGACGAUAUCCUGAUUUUCAGCAAGUCCAUGGAGGAACACCUCAAGCAUCUUGAGGAGGUACUUGCCAUCCUCAAGAAGACGCAGCUCCAUCUCAACUUGGAGAAAUCCAAGUUUGGGAGGGAUCGCGUCAUCUAUCUUGGGCACCGGUUGUCUGCUGCAGGCCUAGAGCCUGAGGCAACCAAGAUUGAGGUCAUACGGGAUUUGGCCUCAGCAUCAUUUCGAACUCUUAAGGAAGCCUUGGUAAGUUACCCGGUACUCCGCAUUGCCGAUCCCAAACUGACCUUCGUAGUUACUACGGAUGCAAGUCAGUAUGGGAUCGGUGCGGUGCUGCAACAAGAUGAUGGCGAUGGCCUGCGGCCACUCGAGUACUACAGCAAACAAAUGCCCAGCGUAAAGGUAGCCACUUCCACCUACAUGCGCGAGCUCUACGCUUUGCGCAUGGCGUUGGAUCACUGGAAACAUUACCUGUUGGGACGCCACUUCAAAGUGUUUUCAGAUCAUGAGACGUUGAAGUGGAUCAAAAUGCAGACUACUCUGUCCCCUACCUUGCUUCGCUGGUUUCAUGAGAUUGACAUCUUUGAUUUUGAAUUGAGACACAAAAAGGGCUAUUACAACCGAGUCGCUGACGCAUUGUCGCGCCACCCUGAGUACAUGACUUGCCUUGUGAAAUCCUACGACCUCCGGAAGAAACUGAAGGAGGAGCUCGUAGAGCAGACAGCCAAGGAUCCGGAACUUAGUUCCAUCCUUGAGCAGCUGCGGGCUGAUCCUAGUAGUCAGCCUGAUUUCCACGAAUAUGGAGGACUGAUUUUUUGCCGAUACGGGAACCAUGAUCUUUUGUGUGUACCCAACCAUGAGCCUCUCCACACAAACUUUCUGGACUUGGCUCAUGGCCGGAGCGGGCACUUCGGCAUGGCAAAAACGUACGCUAACCUGCUGAGACAGUUUGAUUGGCCUGGCAUGAAAGGGACUGCUGAGAAAUUUAUAGCUGAAUGUCAAGUCUGUCAACGAAUCAAACCAUGUAGGCAAAAGCCCAUGGGGCUACUCACACCCCUACCCAUUCCUGAUGGCCUCGGGGAAUCUGUCUCCAUCGAUUUCACGGACAUGGGUAAGGUAAGCAAGAAUGGGUUUUCACAAGUCAUGGUGAUUGUUGACCGAUUCUCAAAGUUUCUUAAUCUGAUCCCUCUACCCCCUCACACCCCAACAGAUCUAGUGAUUCGCGAAUUCCAGCAGAAAUACCUGCUGCAAUUCGGAACCCCGAAGACUCUUGUGAGCGAUCGGGACCCGCGGUUCAUUAGCGCUGGAUGGAAGGAAUUCACAUCCCACCUAGGAAUCAAACUGUGCAUGACGUCUGACCGACACCCCGAAGCCAACGGUUUGGCUGAGGAGAUCAACCAGACUGUAUUCCAACUACUCCGUGCUUUGAUCAUUCCUGAUCAGGAAACAUGGGAUGAGGAGCUGUAUUCUGUCAAGGGGUUGUACAACAACUCCAGUGUUGGCGCAGAGGAGAAUGUCGAUGCAAUCUUCCGAGUCCAGCGUGGCGAGGAGGACGAGACAAUUCAGUAUGUCGAGCACAAAGCUCAGCAAGGAGAUCCGAAGUCGCUGAACAUGCUUGGCAAUUUGUACUACUACGGAGCGAGGGGUGUUCCGCGAGACCAUAAAAAGGCGUUUCAAUAUUUCAAGGACGUGGCGAUGAAGAAGAUGGGACAUCAGGACAACGAGUGGCCGUACGUCCUCUCGGCGAUGGUGAAUUUGGGAGAAAUGUAUGCAAGAGGGGUCGGGGUGCAGAAGAACCCGCAGGCAGCGGUUGAGUGGUUCACUAAGGCCAAAGAGGGGGGGUCUGCAUCGGCACUGAAUGGGAUAGGCUUCCUGUACUCCAAAGGAAUUGGCGUGGAGAAGAAUGCAACGAAGGCGCUAGAGUAUUUCCAAAAAGCGGCUCGACACGGUGACCCUGAAGGACAGUACAACUUGGGAGUGAUGUAUAUGAAUGGGAAUGGCACCGAGAAAAAUUUGGAAGAGGCGUUCAAGUGCUUCAUUGCUGCAAUGACCAGUAAUCAUUUGGGGGCCAUGUACCAGUUUGCCAAGAUGCAUCACACGGGCAUCGGAGCGCGCCCACAAGUUGUCACGGCUGCAAGCUCUUACAAGGCAGUGGCGGAGAGCGGACCUUGGGGGACAUUGAUGCGCUGGGGCCAUGAAUGUUAUAUGAACGAAACAUUCGGUACAAGUCUUCUCCUGUACUUGAGGGCAGCCGAGCUGGGCUACGAGGUGGCGCAGAGCAACGCAGGGUGGUUGCUGGAUAAAUUCCAUGAUGUCUGUGUUGGCGCCACGGGUGACGCUUGCUCCGAGGAUGAACGCAAUCGGCGUGCGCAUUUGUUAUGGAAGCACGCAUCGGAACAGGGAAACCAUGAAGCAGCAUUGCUUAUAGGCGAUGCGUACUUCUACGGCAGGGCCACUUCCUCAAGAGUCAGUCAGAGUGGCUCUCAGGUUUCCACUUGUCAGAUUGCUAGCUUGCAAGUCAGCCAGCAAAUUCACCUCAGGCCGGAGGACUUAGAAAUUCGCCAAGCAGAAGAACUUCAGGAUGAGCUACAGCGGCAGUUGGACGAGGCAGCAGAGAGGAGAAGGAAAGCCAUACUUAGGAAGGCUAGACUAGGGAGUAGAAUGCAGGAGCUAGGCAGACUGGAAACACUAGAUGAGGCAGCUCUAGACCCGGCUGGUCGUGUGCUGCGCAAUGCUUUACUUUCGGUAGCUGAAGCGCAGAAUGUCCAGCAGGAAUUGCUGGCCGAUUUGGUGGCAGGCCAGAAACAAAUCCUGGCUGAACUUCGGGCUCCUCGCACAGCGGCGAGGCAGCCACAGUUUGCUGUAGUUCCCCCUGCGAGUCCGGGUCCAUCAUGGAUGCCGCCACACACAGGGCAAACCUUCUCUCCUAUGUUUGGCAUGCCCCCUCCAGGUGGUUUAGCAGCAACUAGUGGUCCGGUUCAAAAAGUCUCAGCCGUACCAUCCACGACAGUGGUAACUACAGUCCCACUGUCAAGCCAGGCCCAGGUUAGUGUGCAGCAGCCAGUUUCAGUGGCAAUGCAGCCGAUGCAGCAAGCCCCUGGGCACAUGCAGCCUAUGCAGUGGAUGCCCAAGAUACCUCUGAUGAGUCCCAAGCCUUUCUCUGGAGAUAGAAAGGAGGACUUGGACACCUGGGUGAGGACUGUGCCUACUUAUGUGAGGCACAAGCUCACAAGGCCAGAGCAAGAAGUUGUUGUGGCUGCCUCUUUUCUAGAAGGGUCAGUAGCUCGCUGGUUGAAUGGUCCAGUGCAGCAACAGGGCUACGAUCAGGAUUUCGAUGCCUGGGCACAGGCUCAGACAUUGGAGCAGUUCGUACGGUCUGUCUACAAUAGGUGGCAUGACCCGCAAGGGGCUCAAAAGGCCACCGAUGCUAUCAACAACCUUUGUUCCCGYAGGUUCAAGGAUGUUAGAGAGCUWACRGACACCGUAGAAYGCCUUCUCGUGGUACCUGGUGUGCGUUUUGACCAGCAGGUUCUCCUGACGGAUUACCUAAGGUGCCUACCUGCAGAGGUAAGGACCAARCUGGUUGAYGAGGCCUAUGUCGAACAGCACACCUUCGCUUCUUUUAGUAAGAAAGCUCUGGACAUAGAGGCAAAGCUGGGGUCUGCGCAUAAGAUGACGUUCAUUGACUCGCUGCCCGAGAACAUUCCAAAGUGGAUGGAGCUAGCGAAGCAUUUAUGGGUGGAUGAAGGCAACACCACAAUUGUGACAUUGAUCGUCACGUUCGCAUUCGUCUUAUAUCUGCGGCAUCGGCAGCGACAGAGGCGGCUGCUGGAGACGGUGGGUCCGGACUAAACUUCACAAGGGUUAUCGACCUUCAACCUUUGGAGGGAAGAAUGUAAGCCAAGCCAAGCCUAAGACGGACCGCCCCGCGCUAACUUCCUUGAUUUGACCCAAGUCAAACCCAAGUUUUUUGUCGGUGAAGAUGACCGGUCAUCAUACGUGACUCAGUCUUUUUCGUUGACUUUCUUGAUUUGAGACCCUAAUUAAACCUGGGUGACUUUCUUGAUUUGACCCUAGUUAAACCUGGGUCAAGCUUGAAUGCCUUGGACUUGGUUGCUUCAAUGCCUUGGACUUGGUUGAGAGCCGUUGAGUCAGCGUUGACCCAAGGCGCAUGCCGUUGACUCUGUUGGCUUUGUUGAUUUGACCAAAGGUAACUGCAUUGACCAAAGCUGAAAGCCGUUCACUCGGUUGCAUUGACCUGAGUUGACCUUUCGGCUUGGUCCGCCUGCAACCGAGUCUACUUCUUUGGGUGGCUGCGUUGUAACCAACUGAGUGAGCUGGCCCACUGAAUUGGUUGUGAGGACAUGCGUCGACCCAUGUCGUGACGACAUGCGUCAACCCAUUGACCUGGUUCUGUUGACCUUUGUCGACCCAUUGACCUGAGUUGAUGCGUUGACUUGGCUGUGUGGACUUGAAAGAGGAUGUGUUGACUCGGUUGAGUCGUUGACCUAAGUGCACUUACAAGGGGUGACGUGGUUGUCUGACCGGAGUCAACGUGUCGUGGUGCUGGUUAAGUUGAGCCGAAUUUGACUCGACAGUCUUGACCCUAGUUCCUCCGAGUUGAGCUGGUUUUUUUUUUUUUUUUUGUAAUGAGCUGUGUUGGAUUGGACUGCACUUGUUGAGGUCAGGGGUCACCGUUGUUGAGCUGUGUAUCGUUAUUCGUUGUCCUCUCUUUCAGGACGCAGACCUGAUGACCCGACUAGAAUGCUGUCGGGCUCUGUGUUAUCUCAUAAGUCUACGGCUCUGUUUGUGUAAGCGUCGUGUGUGUAUUUGUUGUGUGUGUGUGCAUGUGUUGCAUGUGCUUGUGCAUGCGUGUGCAUGUGUGUGUGUGUGUGUGUGUGUGUGUGUGUGUGUGUGUGUGUGUGUGCGUGUGCGCGUGUUGUGUGUGCGUUUGCAUGUGUGUGUGUGUGUGGGUGGGUGGGUGUUGUCAUGUUGCUAUACACAACUCCACGAAAGAAGCAUGGCUGUGCCAGACUGGUUCAUCCGACUUCCACCGACUCUUAAGGAGGUUGAACCUGGACGGACAGUCUGUCCAGGAUGCGUUUGACGGAUAGAUAAGGACUCACGAUGUCGCCCACAGUUAGCGAUACCCCUGAGA